AUGGGGGCUUGUUCCUCAUGCGCCGUCUCCCCCUCCAUCCCCCUCUCUUCCCCCCUCUCCCCCCUCCUUCCCCCUCUCUCCCCCCCUCCUCCCCGUUACUCCCCCUCCUGCCGCUCGCUCGGUGCAGCGCAGGUGGCGUCAGUGGCGCAGUGGUGCACAUUCAACAUUAUCAUGAUCCUCGUCAACAACGAGAUCUUCCAGCGGUACGGCUUUGCCUUCCCGCUCACGCUCACCGCCAUCCACUUCGCGCUCUCAUUCGUCGGCGCCUUCACGGCUAUUGAGAUCCUGCAGGUGUGUCCCAAGGCGGAGGUGGAGGCGGGGGAGAUGGUGGCGUGGGUGAUGCCCAUGGCGGUCGUCACCUGCUUCAACGUGGUGCUCGGCCAGCUCUCCCUGCGCUACGUGCCGCUGCCCGCCCUCCUCUCCACCAAGGCCCUCUCGCCCGGCCUCACAGUGGCUAUCCAGGCGCUGGCGCUACAGGCGGAGUACGACUGGCGGCUGUGCCUCUCGCUGCUGCCGGUGAUGGCGGGGGCCAUGCUGGCCUACGCGCCCUCCGUGCACUUCGCGCUGCCCACGUUCCUGUCGGCGCUGUGCUGUGUGGUGCUGGGCUGUGCCACUGUCAUCUGUGCCGAGGUGCUGCUCAAAGGCAAGCAGUACAGCCUCGACUCCCUCAACGCCCCCCCAACCUUAGAAAAGGGAAGCUCCUUGCGUCUUCCCUCACUCAUCGACCUCUCUCUCUCCUCCACUCUUCCCUCUUUGUCUCCCCUUCCCCUCUUCUCUUGGUUUCCCGCUUCCUUACCCCCUCCAUUCCGCCCUUUCCUGUUUUCAUCGUUGUCAGCUGUACCAGCUGGUGCCGUACUCGGCGCUCAUUCUUGCGCCACCAGCAGCAGUGCUGGAGGGGUGGCAGCUGUGGGGGUGGUUCAUGGCUCAGGCCAACCCUGGCCCGCUGUCAUCGCCAUCCUCAUUAGUGGCUGCUUUGCUUUCUGCCUCAACUUCUCCCUCUUCUACACGAUUCAAAAGACCAGUGCGCUGACGUUCAACGUGGCGGGCAAUCUGAAGCUGGUGAUAACUCUCAUCUUCUCCUGGCUGCUCUUCCGCACGCCCAUGGCCCCCAUCAGCCUGCUCGGCUGCCUGCUGGAGCUCGUAGGCGUGGUGUGCUACGGCUGGGCGAUCUUUUCCAUGCGCAAGCAACAGGUGGAGCUUUUGAGAUCGCCCUCUGCGCAGGUUAGGGUGGAGCAGGAGGCUAGUGACGACAUUGUGCAGGUGUACCUAGGAGCCAUGCUCGAGUGCAAGGCGGCAGUCGUUGCUAGGCUUCGGAAUCUCGACGCCGCGGAAUGGGGAAUGCUGUGGGAGAACGCGGCGGCGGCGGACGAGGAGGAGGAGGAAGAGCCGUUGGAGCAAGUGCCGCACAGCGCGCCGUUUUCUCUGUCAAGCCCCAUGACAGGGGCUGCUGGGGCGAUCAGUGCGAGGCGGAGCUGGGCGUGGCGCGAGAAGAUGAGGUCGUUCGGUCGACAAUUAAUGCCGCGGCGCGGCAGCUGCGACGACCUGAACGUCGCAAUUGCGACGGCUUCUGUAACGCCGGCGAAGCGAGCGAAAUCGUUUCCAGAGUCGAAGGAGCGCGGCAACGAGAAGGGCGCGAGGCGCGGGCGGUCGCGCGCGGACAGCCGGGGCGUGUGGCGGAGCGUGUACGAGCCGCGGUGGCUGGAGGAAGGGCUGGCGGAAACCUCUGGGGACGACGAGCGGCGACCGCACGGCGCAAAUCGCGACGAAAUGGGAGUGCGCAACGACACGGCGCAGCGCGCGCGGGAAUCAGGGUUCGCGGGCAGGGAGGGUUCGGCGCGCUACCAGCUGUUGCGACAUAACUCGCUUCCCUGCGCGUGUGCCUCGCAAAAGGUUUCGCCGACCCUGCCGCGACGCGCGUCGGUGAUGCAUGGCGAUAGCAGCGCUGAGCGUUCUGCGUGUUCCGUCGCAGCAGCGAAGGAUCGGCCGUCGUCGUCGUCAUCGUCUCAGCACAGGCGCUCCCCGUCUUUGCUCGUCAUCCCCCCAUUCCUCCCCUCCUGCCUCCCCGCCCUCGCCCAGUGCCGCUCCUUGGCGCACUGCCCCCUCCACGCCGCCAACCCCCAUCCCGUGCUCCGCGGUGACUCCGCCGCCCCUUCGGAAUGCAGCCCCACCGGCGGAGACGCCGGUGUCUGCUCGCCUGCCGAUUCCAAUGACAGCAGCGGCGGGAGGCGGAACACCGGAGCAAAGCGAGCGGAUGGGCGCACGUCGCGAAGAAGCCCCGCGGAAGGGUGGACUCUUUCGAGCGGCACACCAACAGAGGGCGGACAAUCGAGCGCGAAAUGGCGAUCCGCCUCCUCGCGCUGCUCCUCUUCCUCUUCGUGCCCUGGGGCCGCGUCGCACGGCGCCAUCCGUGCGACUGCUGGCGACGCUGUCGCCGUCGCAGAAGCAGGAACGGGGGGUCGUGUGCGAGGGAGGGGUAGGGGUCCGCAGCUCGAGCGCGGGGAUUCGUUGCAUUUUGGGGGGAAUGGGGGGAUUGCGGAGAGCGCAAUGCGCAUGGGCGGAGAGCAGGCGGACGUGAUUCGGGAAAAGGCAGUGACCAUGGCGGACGCUGCUGACGCUGUAGCGAGUAGCGAGGCUGCUUUCAAGGGAGAUGAAGCAUUGGCGGGGAGUGCGGGGGCGGCGGAGGAGAUGGAAGAGGGGGCGGAGAGAGGAACCGAUGGGGGAGAGGCGGAAGGAAAGGGGGAAGGAGGGCAGGGAGGGGAGGGCGGGGAAGGAGAGGAGGGAGGAGGAGCGGGAGGGGAGGUGCCGAUGCCUCUGCGGGUGUACAUGCUGCCACUGACAGGCGAACUCAAUUUCCACGUGCUGCUGGUACGACCACCCGCCACUCCUCAGUAUUGCACAGCACACACACCCUUCCGUCUCUCCUCCUUGUCACCAGUCCCCAUGCCGCCCCAUGCCAUGCGCCACUGUGAGCGCCCACCAUACCCACCUCCUCCCUUUCUCCCGCGCCCACCCUCCCCCCACACGCUGCCUUCCAUCUCCCCCUUCUCUCCCCGCCCCGUCAACAGCAACGGUGGCGCUUUGCGAACCGGGAGCAGCUGCAGCUGCAGCACGGCAUGCCGGCGGACUGGCG